AUAUAUUUAUUAUACACUGUUAAUCUUCUGUUUCUGAAUAUACUCAUUGGUUCUUUUUCUGAGACUGAGUUCUUAAGUUUCUCCGCCGGAGCUUCUUAGAAUCGUUAUCUCAAUUUUUGUGCGAGGAUUCGAUUCUUAAAAUAUGGCAGUUUCAUCAGGGAAGAUUAUUCAAAAUGUAUUUGUGUGCCGGAAUAGACAAUUCGAUAGCACCACCCAAUUUGCUGUGCGCAAUUCGCUUCCUUAUAAUCAAGCAAGGAAGUUGUUGGCAUGGAGGAGGACUGGGUUCUCAGCCAUGCAAUUGCAUACUUUAACAACAACCAACACUGAUCAUGGAAACCGAGGCGGUUUUUGUUGUAAUGCUGUUUCGGCUAGUAGUGCAGCGUUGUCUUUGGAAAAGGUUGAUUUCAGUAAACUUCAAAAUGGCAGUGAUAUUCGAGGUGUUGCUGUUGCUGGUGUUGAGGGAGAACCUCUGAACCUUAAUGAGCAUGUUGCAGAAGCAAUAGCUGCUGGUUUUGCUGCAUGGCUAAUGGACAAAAAGAAAGCUGAUGGGUCUAAACGUCUUAGAGUGUCUAUUGGUCAUGAUUCAAGAAUAUCUGCACAAAUACUUCAGGAUGCAGUUUCUCGAGGACUUGCUGGUGCAGGCCUGGAUGUAAUCCAAUAUGGAUUAGCGUCUACACCUGCAAUGUUUAACAGCACACUCUCAGAAGAUGAAGAGUUUAUUUUUCCAGUUGAUGGAUCCAUAAUGAUAACAGCCAGCCAUCUUCCUUACAAUCGAAAUGGGUUUAAGUUUUUCACAAAUGCUGGAGGAUUGGGCAAAGCUGACAUCAAGGACAUCUUGGAACGUGCUGCGAGCAUAUAUGCUAACUUCUCAGUUGAUGGUUUGAAGAAUUCAGAACGAGCAGUUUCCACAUCUGUAAAGCGGGUGGAUUACAUGUCUGUGUAUUCAUCCAAUCUCGUAAAAGCAGUUCGCAAGGCUGCUGGAAACAUAGAGAAACCAUUGGAGGGGUUCCACAUAGUUGUUGAUGCAGGGAAUGGAGCAGGUGGAUUUUUCGCAGCAAAGGUUCUUGAACCACUGGGAGCUCUUACUUCUGGUAGUCAGUUCCUGGAGCCAGAUGGUAUGUUCCCAAAUCACAUUCCUAACCCAGAGGAUAAAGCAGCAAUGAAAGCCAUAACCCAAGCAGUGCUUGAUAACCAGGCUGAUUUAGGCAUCAUCUUUGACACAGAUGUUGAUAGAUCUGCGGCUGUGGAUUCUACUGGCAGAGAAUUUAACCGUAAUCGACUUAUUGCUUUAAUGGCCGCUAUUGUGCUUGAAGAACAUCCUGGAACAACUAUUGUCACUGACAGUGUGACCUCGGAUGGGUUGACUACUUUUAUUGAGAAGAAACUUGGAGGAAAACAUCACCGGUUUAAGAGAGGCUACAAGAACGUCAUAGAUGAGGGUAUCCGUUUGAAUUCUGUCGGUGAGGAAUCACAUUUGGCUAUUGAAACCAGUGGUCAUGGAGCUCUCAAAGAGAAUCACUGGCUUGAUGAUGGUGCAUACCUCAUGGUCAAGGUAUUAAACAAACUUGCUUCAGCCCGAGCUUCUGGAAGUGUCGGCGGCAGUAAAGUAAUAACUGAUCUGGUUGAAGGCCUGGAGGAACCAGGGAUAUCAAUUGAACUGAGAUUUAAGAUCGAUCAGAGUCAUGCAGAUGUUAAAGGAGGAUCAUUCCGGGACUACGGAGAGGCAGUGCUGAAACACUUGGAGAACACAGUAGAUUCAGAAACAAAGCUGCAAAAAGCCCCUGUUAACUAUGAAGGAGUUCGAGUCUCUGGCUAUGGUGGGUGGUUUCUUCUGAGAUUAUCUCUUCAUGAUCCCGUUCUUCCACUUAAUAUUGAGGCACCAAGCAAAGAAGAUGCAGUGAAGCUUGGGCUCGCUGUGCUUGGCGCUGUUAAAAAUUUCUCAGCUUUGGAUACAUCAGCCCUAGACAAAUUCGUUCAAGCAUCAUAAGCCUUGAGCAUUACAGCCAUUUAGGUUCGUUUACCGGCUUCAAAUUAUCACUUCUGAGUUUAAGAAUUUCCGUACUGUGUAAUAUUUCAUAUGUGAUUAUAAUUAUAAAUUCUCAGCUUUGAUGGCAAUGGCCGUUUAAGGAAUUUUAUGUUGUACUUAUAAGCUGAGAAAGGACAACUGCUGCUAAACAGGUUACUGUACAUUGAAUGAUUGAACUUGGUUCCAUUUUUACCAUUUUAACACACAUGGUUAAGUUGCAACG